AUCAAGGCUGAGGCGUAUGGAUGCAGCCACGAGGUUUUUAGCGUUGGCGCUAACUCUGGCAGCAGCCGUCGUUCUUGGAGUAAAUAAGCAAACAACGACCAUACUCGUGAAGAUCAACCCUUCCAUACCUCCUGUCGACAUGCGAAUCACCGCAAAAUGGAUUCAAAUGUCCGCUUUUGUGUACUUUGUGAUCAUAAAUGCAAUAGCAUGUUCUUAUACAACAAUCUCUUUGAUGUUUACCUUGGCAACUAGAGGUAGAAAGAAGAACGUAUCGGUGAUGGUAACCGUUUUAGAUCUAGUAAUGGUGGCGCUCCUCUUCUCAGCCAUCGGUGCUAGUGGUGCGGUUGGCCUUAUUGGCUACACCGGCAACUCACAUGUACAAUGGCGAGAGGUGUGUAAUGUGUUUGAUAAGUUUUGCCACCAGGCGGCAGUGGCGAUGGGGUUGUCUUUCAUCGGAUCCAUGGCGUAUCUUCUGCUAGUCAUCUUUGGUAUUUACAAGAAGCUUUAAUAGCCUCUCACUUGUUGAUUAUGCUUUCUUGAAAUGAGAUUAUUUCAAUAUUAAUUCCUUUUUAGUUGACUGUUUCAACCAACCAGUAAAUUGU